AUGUUUAAGCGUCUGUCGAAGUCUAGGCGCCACAGCGCCGAUGACGUUGCUCUGUCGUUGUCGAGCCCGACGACCCUGGACGAGCCGCCGGGGGACAACUGUCAGGGUAUCGGCCCAGCCGCCCUGCUGAGGGUCUCGAGGACAAAGUACACCAGGAGGAGCUGCGGGGACGCGAGCGCCAUGCAGGCGUUGCUCGCCACGAAGCAGGAUCAGGAGCAGGACGUAGCCGAGGCCGAUUAUCAAAUGGUCACCGCUGUACCCGCGUUCAUCGUCGAACACGAGCCCGAGAAACAGCGAGGCUCAAGUUUCGGAAUCUGGGGACGCAGGAUGAGCAAGAAGAUAGACUCGUUCCGGCGGGCAGGUUCCCGCGAGACGAUAUGCUCGAUAUCCGAGAGAUCCGACAACGGGAACAACAACAACAACAACAACAACACUACCACCAGCAACAACAACAACCUAACUCCAAAAAUGGAGAAAUCGCUGCCAGACUCGAAAUCGGAGAAGAGAACACCGGGAACGUUUCACCGAUCCCCAUCGCCCUUCAAGUCCUUCUUCAUCCGCAUGGGUUCCACGGGUAUGCUGAACUCUGCGAAGAGCAACAGACGGUCUCAGAACGUGGACGAUAGAUUGAAAUCCUCUGAGAAGGAGAACUUGUUCAGGAGCUGCAGCACCAGCCAGCUGAACACGAGUCCUACCUACGUGAAGGGAGACGAUCCUUCGGAAGGAAUCGACCUCCAGAUCUCUGGUCGUAAGGACAAGACUGUGUCCUGCGACGACCUGGCAAGACAGAACGAUGAUGUCUUCGACGACCAUAUCAGCGACGCUUCCUCGACGCUUUAUCCCCUGGGUGGCCCCUCGAUGACGAGUUUCAGCUCCUGCGAUUUUGGUCAGUCGAGGAACGAGUCCCCGAUGAGGAAGAGCAGCAGCUGCGACUUCAAGGAGUCGAAGAAGUCCAGUUUCCCGUACGCUUUUCUGAGAUCGAAGCUCUCCGUGCUGCCCGAGGAACGUCACAGCACGUUCGCGUCGAAGGACGAACGAUUGUUCAAGACAGCGUCCGAGGAGCACUUCCCCACCUUGAAAAUAGAGGACUCGUACACCGGCACGACGACUCUAGGACGACGUCGUACCAGGAACAGCAAUCUGGGCAGAGGGAGCACCAGCAAGUGCCAGGAGCCCACCGCCUCCAAGUCCGGACGAAACUCGUACGCGGAAUUCCGCAAGAACUCGAACAGGUGCGAGCAGGACAGGUACAGUCUGAACCCCAGCCACCUGGAGAGGAUCGACGACAGCUUCCAGCAGGAGGACAACGGCUGCUACAGCUCGUACGACAGCAGCCCGAUGUCUCUUCGCGGGAACUGCGCCGUCCACCACGUUGACCCCAGCCAGGACAGAGUCGACUUCCCUGGAAGGAUGAACGAGUCCAGGUUCUCCGAAACGUCGUCGUUGAACGUGGACCUGGACAUGGUGGCCACGCUGAGGAAUCACCGGCGAAACUCAGCGCCAAGCGGCGAGCAGAGGCUCUCAUCCCACUACGUGAGCUCGAACGAGUCCGGAUACGACAGCGACGGGCCCAGAGGAGAGUCUGCAGCCGCCUCAGAAAACGAGGGGCUCAGCCUGAAGUGCACGGAUAGCUCGGACACCAGCAGCGUCGUCGACUCCGAGCUGGAGAAGCCUAUCAGGAGCUCCACGCCCAGCGAGUGCCAAGACCACGAGAACCAGGAGCCCAGAACAAGAGAGAACUCCGAUACAGAUACCCUCAGAGCAGGGAAUUCCGAGCUGAACGAUGGCAUCGACGGGCUCAGGUGGCAUCAGAGCAACUCGGGCAGAAUGCUACCCAGCAUUCAUCAGACCUACGACGACGCAGCGAUGUCCCAGUUCCCCGUCUGCGGGAACGGGCUGACCAGCUUGCAGUGCUCGCCUAAAUCCAUGGGCAUCUCGGCACAUAGGAUGAGACUGCAGCAAGACAAGACCAGGUUCCUCAGCGAUAUCAUCCAGCCGCCCAAGAGGGUCAGACGGUGUCGUUUGGUGCAGCUUCACAAGAGGGACCCCAAGGAGAGCUUGGGCAUUCGAUUGGCGCAGCAACGCUUGGGGGAGCUGCGGUACAUCGUUGUACAGCUGGAGAGCGAUGGAAUUGCUCACAGAGAUGGGAGACUGAGGCUGGGUGAUGAGAUCGUGGAGGUGGAGGGCAAGGAGCUGAGGACCCUGGAGACCCUGGAGGAGGUGCAGGAUUUCCUGAAAUCCUUCACGGAUAACAAGAUACGUUUGAUCACCGCCUACGAGGAGACGGUGCCCCAGGUGUACGUCAGCCCGCCGACACUGCCCGGGGAGUACGAGUACCUGGAAAACGCGAAGAAUCUCUCCAACCUGUCGUUGAUCGACGGUCAGACGCAGCAAGUGCAGCUGGAUAAAUCGAGCAAGUCCGAGGAGAGCAUUCAGGCGACAAGGCCGGACUUUCUACCGCUCUCGUGCUUGUCCAAGGAUCGCAAGAGCGCGGAAAGCAGUCUCGAGUCCGCCACGGAGCAGCAACAGUAUUUGACGAGGCACGUAGCCAAAUUCGAGAAAGGUUAUGGCAAGCCCAGUCUUGGCUUCAGCGUUGUGGGUGGUAGGGACAGUCCCAGGGGAGAAAUGGGGAUUUACGUGAGGAGGGUGUUCCCUGGAGGGCAGGCUGACGUCUCCAAGUCGCUGUUUCAAGGUGACGAGAUAUUGAGCCUGAAUGGAAAGGUUCUGCGUGGUUAUACGCACCAAGAAGUUAUCGAAUUAUUUAAAGCGGUGAGAGAAGGUCCUGUCGAGCUGGAAAUCACAAGGAGACACAGGUACCCAAAAACAACACAGAAAUCCGCGCCAUGCUGAAGGGGGUGGCGGACGUGGACGAACCCUGCCCACCGGAAGUGCUCUUUCGAUACAACACUAAACGACGUCAUCGUUCGCUACGUACG